CAUCCCCUCAUUCCCGUUUGUCACACGUCACCUUUCCUCCUCGUCUCCACCUCUCAACAUCGUAAUGCUGUGAGGUCCCCUGUACAAGUAGAUCGUCUCUACACAUUAACGCUCGUUUCACCCCGCUUGGACCCCUCUCCCUCACUGUAUCACGACAUCGACUGCCCAUCAUGACCGAGCAAUUCAUCGGGAUGAAAAUCUCGCUCACGUCGAGGGCGCAAUUGCGGUAUCGAGGCACGGUCCAUUCGAUCGACAGCACGCAAGGCACCAUGACGUUGCAGAACGUCUCUAGCAUGGGUACCGAAGACCGACAAGCGGCCCAGUACAUCCCUCCUAUGCUCGACCGUGUCCACCCUGUCGUCGUCUUUACCGUCAAUGACAUUCUCGACCUGGCCAUCGAGCCUUCAGCACCACCCGUGGCCCAGACGCUUCCGGACGAUCCUGCGAUUCGCCAAAGCACUCAGAUGGCUGCCGCCCCUCCGCCUCCCCCACCUCAGCAACCGCAACAGCAGCAGUACUCGCAGCCACCACCUCCCGUACAACAGGCUCGACCCCCGCCACCACCUCAACAGCCUUCGUACACGUCGCCUCCUCCACCCCGAGCGAACGCCUACAACCAGCCGCCCUUGAGCACGAUGGAAAAGAUCGAGCAGACCGUGGGCGAGAUCCGAAAUCAUGCCGGACCUUCUCAACCACCUUACCAGCCUCAAGGCCAACCUCAUCCUCAUCCUCGCCAAGGUGGAUUCCAACGGGGCGGUCGGGGUCGUGGUGGAUUCCAGGGUGGACCCGGGCAAGGUCAACGGAUGGGAGGACCCGGACCCGCUCCUCCGGUCAUUCCUGCCGAAGAGUACGAUUUCGAGCAGAUGAACCGCAAGUUUGAAGAGAUGCGAACGAGGGAACAAAAGCCCGAGGUCGUUCUCAGUUCGAGCAAGAGUGGCCAGGUCGACGGUCAGGCUGGAGGUGAUGACGAUUCCGAGGACGAGUCGGACGAAGAGGUCGUCAUGGGCAAGAAGGGCGACAAGACUGCCGCUACGUCCGGCCUGAGGGGCGACGACCAAGAGCAAGUCGAGCCGGUCUACAACAAGUCCAAGUCGUUCUUUGACUCGGUCUCUUCCGACGUCUCGGCCAACAACAGGCAGGGCGGGGGUCGAGGUGGACGAGGCGGUGCUUCGGGCGGGUUCGAUGCUGGUGGCCGAGGUGGCGGCGGUGGAGGGUUCAAGUGGCAGAGGAGUCAGGAGAGGAUGACCAACUUGAACACGUUUGGCGAAGCCGGUGGGAACAACACUAGCAACCAUUAUCACAAUGGUGGUGGACGAGGACGAGGUGGAUUCCCCCGAGGACGAGGACGUGGAGGCGGCGGAGGGGGAUACCGGGGACCUGCUCCCGGCUUCAACAACAACGGGCCUCAACAACAACAACCAUUUUGAUCGACUUCAUCAUACUGCGAUCGAGUCGAGAGGGUAAUAGCGAAGCACAAGCAGUUCGAAAUGGAACCAAAUUGUAUUUACGGGUAAUCAUCAAACGGAAAAAGGGAAAAUCGUCUCGCCGGAAAAUUUACGGUCGACUUGGAAUAGAUAUUCUGUCGGGUCUUUUGGAGGUAAUAGUAGUAGCACAAACGACAAAUUUACGAAUACCCUCAUGUCAUAUAUGCAUGCAUGUCUCUACGCUUUUACACUGUGUGCCCGUGAGACGGAUGAUAGCUUUGAGAUCGAUCCAAUGCUCUGAAAA